AUGGAUGUAGACCCGGUGAAUUCUGAAAUGGAGUUAGACAACAAGCCAACCUGUGAAACGGUCCCUGGUUUGCCACAAAAGAAACAUUACAGGCAGCGUGCUCACUCUAACCCACACUCGGAUCAUGACAUCGAAUAUCCAUUAACUCCAGAUCACAUGGAUUGGUCGAAGCAGUACGGUGAUUACGCUGCCGGGCGUCAAGUCGAGUUCGCAGACAUUGGUUGCGGAUACGGUGGACUUCUGAUGAGAUUGUCUCCAAUGUUUCCAGAAACUCUAAUGAUCGGAAUGGAGAUCCGAGUGAAAGUAUCCGAUUAUGUCAACGAAAAAAUUCAAGCACUUCGGAAACAUCACGAAGGUGCCGGCCACUACAGAAACAUCGCCGUUCUCCGGUCGAACGCCAUGAAGUACAUGCCAAAUUACUUCCGCAAAGGACAGCUAUCCAAAAUGUUCUUCCUUUUCCCAGAUCCUCAUUUCAAAAAUAAGAAACAUAAAUGGAGAAUCAUCACUCCAACGUUGGUGUCUGAAUACGCUUAUGUACUUCGAGAACAAGGGCUCAUUUAUACAAUUACCGAUGUCAAAGAUUUGCAUGAUUGGAUGGUCAAACAUCUCAAUGAGCACCCGCUGUUCGAGCGUCUGAGUGAUGAUGAAAUGAAAGCAGAUCCAGUUGUAGCGAUGCUGUAUGAGAGCACUGAAGAAGGACAAAAAGUGACUCGAAAUGAUGGAGAAAAGUGGCCAGCCGUCUUUAGGCGACUUCCUAACCCUCCUUUGUAA